GCUGGUCAGUUUGAGUCUGACACAUUCACACCAACGAGACGAGACGUGUCGAGAUGUCUGCCAUGCGCUUUCUACUGCUGGCCGUCGCCUUCGUUUGCCUCUCGGUCCUGACCAGUGGGGUGGCCGUCCCACCAGGUGCCAUUGAGCCUCACUGUGACCAGUCCGACAUGGCUCAUGGCUGCCCACGGCUCUGGGCCCCUGUGUGUGGCACCAACGGCCAAAGCUAUGACAACGAGUGCUUCCUCUGUUUGGACAUGCAAAAAAAGAAAACUCCGAUCUUCAUCACAAAAAGAGGAACAUGUGAGUCGUCAGGCGAUCACCUGUUUAUUGACUGAUCUUCACCCCAAGGACCACCACCUCACCAGCUCCCCUCUGUCCCACCGCAGUCCCUACGAACCUUUCAAAUCUGAAAUAAACGUUUACUGAUGGCAUCAAA